AUGAAACAGCCCUUGGAGGGAAAUGGCUGCCGUCUAGGGGUUGAGCGGAAGUGUGCUGACCACAGUGGCAGUGAGCCAGAGUUGAGCCCCUGUCUGCCUCUCUCCUCUCAGGCGCACAAACAUGGUGAGACAGGACAUCAGCGCAGCUUUGCGUCUCUGCCUGGGGUGGUGUGUGUGUGUGUGUGUGUGUGUGUGUGCGGUGCAGUGGACAACGUGCGUGUGUGGCCGGGACAGGACGUGGUUGUGAGGUGCGAGACGGGGAGUGCGUCCGGCUCCUACACACAGUGGCUGCAGGUGUGUCCUCCCCAGGUGCCGCGCUUUGUCCAGCAGAGCCGCAAGUUCAGCUUCAAGAAGAGCGCCGUCCACGGCUGCUAUGACCUCCACGUCUCCGGCGUCGCCUCCGCCGACGUGUGCCUGUACUUCUUCGCGCUCGUCGAGAAGGACCAGAAGUGUGACUACAUGUUCCAGAGGACACAAACUAGACUCACUCUUGCAGAUUCAGUGCCGGUGGUGUUUGACCCCUCCUGUCCCCCGGUCCCAGAGGGCGGCUGCUCUCUGCCCUGGACUCUGCUGCUGAUCGCCGGCUGCCUGCUCUCCACUCUGCUGGCCCUCACCUGGGCACACAGAAUCUGCUGCAACACAGGCACAGGUCAGAGGGAGGAGGAAGCAACAGGAGCUGAAUAUCAGGUGGAUGUUUGCAAGUACCAUCAGUGUGAGAAGACCUUAAGAGGCCUGGACUGUCUUCAUACUGAAGUCACUUACAGACUGAUCCCUAUGGAGGCCUCUCAGCCCCCACACACUCCCACGGAUCUGGACUGAGGCCUCUUAAAAUACACACUUCCUGAAAAAGCUUCAGCACCCCCGACCCCCUCUCUCUUUCUCUACCACGGGGUCCCGGGUGUGAAUUUGAGUCCCAGUCAGAGUGCACACAGCCUCACACACUCUCUCAUAAAAUGAUUUAUUAGUAAUAAAUAAUAAAGUUCAAGUUCAACAUUAUAACAUAAAUUAAAUAGAAGUAAUUAAAAAGGUUUAUAAGGGAUAGUGUGUAGAACGCCGGUCAGGUUAUCAGGAAAUAAGUUCGACAGGGCGAAACAGACCCUGAGGCAUCAUCAGCAGUGUGUGCUUUCUCUCCCCGGUAAUGACCCGGUCUAAAGGAAAUUAUGGGAAUUAAUUGGAAUUUACGAGAAUUAACUGGGGAUUUUGGGUAAUUCAUACAAACUGUUUCACAGAUAAACAUUAACAUUUUGUUUCGUAAUAAGCCAUAUGAUUUGAAUGUUCAUAUUUUCGCUUAGCUUAGCAUACAAAGCUAGCUAGCAUGCUAGCGGGAAUCCCAUUCUUUGCCUAUUGUUUACUAGUGUGCUAAACUAGCAACACUGAACUGCCCAAGAUACACCACACCACUCAAAAACAAAAUCUGAUUGGUUGUAACCUUUUUU